AUGGCAACCACCGCUACAAAUUCUGGACCAUCAAUGGAAGUUUCGCGAGUAGCUGUGAAAGCUCCACCAUUUUGGCGUUCAGACCCGCUGCUUUGGUUUAAACAAAUGGAAUCGCAAUUCAUUAUGGCUGGUAUUACGCAAGAUUCCACAAAAUUCCAUACCAUUGUCGCAUCUAUUGAAAGCAGUAUUUUGGAGAAGGUAUCAAACAUCAUCGUCGAUCCUCCUGCAGAAAACAUGUACGACACGCUUAAGGAAAAACUUAUUAGCAGUUUUUCGGAUUCAGAGGAGAAGCGUCUCAAGAAGCUUUUGACUAACGUUGAACUUGGAGACAAGAAGCCUUCAGAGUUAUUAUCCGAAAUGCGGUCUUUGUCUCAAGGUAAGGUUUCAAACGACAUUUUGAAGCAGUUGUGGAUGCAACGUCUUCCUUCACAAAUGAAGGCGAUAUUGUCAGUUAGUGAAGAUAGUCUUGACAAAUUAUCAACGAUGGCCGAUAAGAUUGAGGAUAGCAGUGAAUCGGAUGUGUGCAGCUUUUCUCCAUCGAGCACUCGUUUAGAGGAAAUUGAGAAGAAAUUGCAAACGCUCUGCACGCAGAUAAAUUCCUUCAGGAAGUCAAGAAGCCGUAGCAAGUCAUCAUCAUCAAGGAAUAGACGGUCAAAUUCCGGAAGCAAAUCAAAACCUUAUUGUUGGUAUCAUUUCAAAUUUGGGGAUAAAGCCAGAAAAUGUCUUGCUCCAUGCAAUUAUAAGCCUCCAACUUCGGAAAACUGA